AUGGCGACCCAGGCUGAGCGCAACCUCGCGCUGUGCAAGGAGGUUUUCGAUAUCCAAUCCGAGCUCGCGCUCGACAUCGUCGACCAGGCCGCGUUCGUCGCGGUCGCGUCCAAGCUUCCCGACUUCUUCGCGCCCUCUUUCGCCCUCACCAUGGGCCCCGGCCUCGGCGACGCCGAAGCCGUGAACUUUCGCGCCAUGACCCAAAUCACUCACCCCAUCUUUCACAACGUCAAGAACACGAAGGUGGAGCACGCAUGCACGGUGCUGAACAACGACAAGAUCCGCGCGCUGGAGCACCGCACCGCCGUCUUUCUCGACGCGUGGGGCCGCGAGGUUCCGGGCACGAACAAGAUGUACACGUUCGAGCACGUCGUGGCAUUCGACGCGGCCACCGGGAAGAUAACCGAAUGGCGCCAAACCUGGGAUCUCGUCGAGUGGCAUCUCUCGUGCGCCAAACGCGACGCCGUGAACGACGCGCAGAUCUUCGACCGGAACAGGCAGCUGUACUACGACAUCAUGGGCGCGUGGGGCGCCGGCGAGUUUGACAGCUGUGCGUCAAACUCGCCGGCUGGCGAAUCGAGUCGCGAAACGUUAGCAAAGAAACUCUUCGCGGAUGACUUCACCCUGGACCCACGGUACCCGUCCACGUACAGGCGCGACGCGUGCGACGUGCUGUACGAUGGCCCCGGUGGGUACCUCCGUUGGUGCGACUUUUUUGCGAAAACCUUCGCCACGCCGGACUACACCGUUCGCGACGCGUACCCCGGCGAAAGCGGCGAAGUUUGGGCCGUCGGUCACUACACCCCCACGGACGUCACGUCGAACCGCGCGUUGCCGUUCAAGGUGGAGUUUGUGCACCGCGUCGGCUUCGACGUGAAGGGUAAGUGCGUUUAUUUUAAGGUGUACAACGGCCCGCAGGCGAUCCACCUCGACGCGUUGGGCGCGCCGACGGAGGACGCGGUUCCGCCGAUGAUCCCGACGCCGCCUCGACCGACUUUGGACGUCGAGAAGGAUUUCCAGAAGGCUCUCGCGCUCUUCGAGCUCAACCAGCGGCAGUGGGCGUCCGGGACGUACGCCGCGAGGGACAGGGACGAGGCGCUCGCGGCCAUCGCGGAGGUUUGGGACCCGGAGUGCGUCGUUGACGUCCGGUAUCCGUCGCGAUGUGCGACGAACCUGAACGCGGUGCUGAGGGGGCACGAGGGCGUUCGUCGCUGGUGCGCGGUGCUCUCCGGGUACGACUGUCCCGGCUUUCGCGUGUGCAGGACGGCGAGGGGCCCCGACGGGGACGUGAUCGCCAGGCUCGAGUUCAACGCGAGCGUCAAGGCGACGAAGGCUUCGAUGGACGAGCGCCAGGACUGCUUCAUGCGCGUCGUCGCCAGCCGACGCACGGGAAGGCUGACGCACUGCGUGGUGCACUGGGGCCCGGGUCGGGUCGCGGAGGACGCCGCGUUGGUUCCCGACGCGUCCUCGCCCGGAAGGUUUUUCGCCGUCGUUCACCGCCCCGUCGGGAAGGCUUCCGAGUGGUGGCGGGCGACAGCCGCCGCGUUCGACGAUCCGGCCUCGCUCCGUGAGACGUUCGAGAGACAGUACGAGCUCGGCUACUACAACCACUACUUCCUCCCGGAGAAGGCUGGGGACCCGAACGCGCCCGUCCUGUGCCUGUGGGAGAGCGCCAAGUCCGUCACCGUCGAGGAGUUCCGUUCGUUCAUCGACGGCGCCGACGGACCGUUCCCAAACGGCGAGUUCGCAAACGACGUGUACGCCAUCGCGCCUACCGGGGCGACGGGCGGGCUGCCGGCGACUGGGUUCAUCGCGCCCGCGGACCCGUGGCACGCGCGGCCGAUGCCGACGGCCACGCGCGGGUCGCGCUUCUGGGUGCGUCACAGGUUCAAGAGCGAAGACGACCGCGCCGCGUUUUGGAACGCGGUUAAAGCGUUUACCGCCGCCGACUGGAAGGAAUUCGCCAUCGCGAACCACGCCGCCGGGUACCACAACCCACUCUUCGCCCCGGCGAUGGACGACGGCGACGUCUUCUGCGUGUGGGAGUGCGUGGAUCCGACGACGACUGUGGAACAGUUCGCGGAAUACGUCGACGGGCCGUCGCGACAGACGAGGCUCCUGAAGCACUUCGUCAACGAGUGCCACGCGUGCGACGCGGUCGUCGGGGUGUGGCCGGACGCGAAAUUCGCGAAACCGACGGGAGGAGCGAUGCUGACCAUCAAGCAGACGCCGCAGGCGGCGAUGGCGGCGGCGACGUCCCGAGCCACCGCGGCGUGAUCGAUCGCCAAAAAAAUCGCCAAAAAAAUCGCGAAAAGAAUCCGAAAACGAACGCAGAGGCGGCGAGCUUUCGCGGCAGCCUCUCCUCAUCGCCGCGCGCGGCCCGCGGACUUUUAAAAACAUACAUACUAUGAUGUU